AUGACUGAAGAAAAUGAAAAACCUCUCGAGUAUCCGAAUAAUGUCGAGAGAAUUUUCUAUGAAAUUACAAUUGAUGACAUUAAAAAACGCAUCCAAAGGUUGGAGACGCGAAAUGAACAACUUUCCGAGAUCCACGACGAGACUGAACGGGACAUAACUUCUAAGGACAUUGACACGACAAACGAAAUCGCCGAACUCAAUAGAAAUUUAUCAGCUAAAUUAUCUAAAAUAGCUGAUGCACAGAAAGCUAUUGACACUUUGAUUAAUCAGCGGGUCGAUGAACAAAAUCGGCAUGACUGUAAAAUUAAUUUCAUCAAACAGAUGCACGAGACUACGCGCAUAGAACUUUUGUCGCAGAUUAAAAUCACAAGUAAAUAAAAUUAAUUUUAAAAAAGUCUCGAAAUUAUUGAAAGCUUUUUUUAAGAUGCAAAAAUAAAUUCUCUGGAAGACUUUCAUAAUAAUGAAGAAGCGAUUCGAGAAAAGAUAAACGAAAAUGAUCAUUUUUUAAUAGAGAAAGAAAAGAAGCUGGCGGAUAAAUUUAAUCAAAUUGAUGUCAAAUCUAAAAUAUUUCACGCAAAGUAAAAAUUUGUGUAAAAUUGAAAGAAUGUUUAUUUUUGACAUGAAUUUUUUUUUUAGACUGAUGGAUGAUUUAAAGACACAAAUUUUCCAACUGUCUGAGUCAUUAGCCUGCGAUAAUGUGAAGAGGAUUCCGUAUUCUAUAAAUAAAUUAUUUAAUGAAAAUGCUGCAAUACGCGACGAACUGGAUCUUAUUAAUUUAUACAUGACUAAUAAAAAAGAUAACAGUUCAAUUAUCAAGUAAUGAAUUCAUUUAUGACUGAUAAUUCUUGAUCUUUCAAGUAUUUUUUUUUUAAAUAGAAAUUCCGAAUCUAUAAGACAGAGUCAGUGGAAUACGAACAAUAAUUUGACGGCUUUAAAAUCACAAAAAAAACUAAUUGAAGUAAUGGCUAAAAACUACAAUAAUGUAACUCCGAUUUCUGAUACAAUAUUAAAUGACUACGAUACUCGGAUGGAAAAAUUACAGUCCGCAAUCUCUUGUUCCAAUGAACAAAUAGCAGAAUUAAAAUAUUUACUGCACCGUAAAACUUGUCAGCUGACAGAAACAAAAAAAUUUCAUGACGAAAUCCGUCGUAAUAUUGAUAAAUAUUCUGAUGCUCUGUAUGAUGUAAAAUAUGCCAUUGCAUGCGCACUUGAGGUUUACUUAUCUACUUUUAAUUAUUUAAAUUAUAAAUAUGUUUACUAUGUUAAUUUUCAUUCGACUGCAGAUUGAAG